AUGACGAAAUCCAGCAGCAACGAAAACAGCAACAGCAACAGCAGCAGCACCGCGUCUGCUGCAGCAGCUGCUGUACCCGCUGCUGCAGCACCUGCAGCAGCAGCAGCAGAAAAAGGGUACACAUGUACAGUAACAUUAGGUCCUAUACCUGCUGCUGCUGCUGCUGCAUCAGAAGAGCAGCAGCAAGAGCAGCAGCAGCUGCUGCAGCAGCUAGCAGCAGCAACAAUAGAAGAAAAUAAAGAAAUAUUAUCCUUUGAGGUAAAAAGAGAGACAGCAGAUAAAAUAUACAAAGAAAAUUAUCUUGAUGAAUUUGGUAUACCUGCUAGUAUUGACAGAGUUCGUAUAUGCGCAAUUCGCGACUGCGCCAUCAAUGCUAAUGCAUAUCCAAUAUUAAGACGUACAGGUUUAUUAGAUAAGAUAGAAAUAAAAGGAAUAAAAUAUAAUAAAGAAAAGGAGACAGUAGAUAUUUCUUUUUCUUUUUCUGUCUCCUCCUCUAUAGAGGAUAUACCUCUAAACCCUAAUCAACAUCUUUCUCCUCUUACGUAUCCUUCUGAUGAUCAAUUACCUGCACUCGCUGAGUUAUUACCUCCAUCGGGUGUAGAGACAGCUCGUGAGGAGACAGAAGAAAAAGGAGACAAUAAACAAAUAAUUACUCCUUGGGAGGUACAAGCAGAAGGAGGAAUUGAUUACGAUAAAUUAUUAAAAAAAUUUGGUUGUUCUCCUAUUACACCAGACCUACUCAAAAGGAUAGAGGCAGCAACAGGACGUCCUGUCCACCACAUGUUAUCUCGCGGAUUAUUUUUUUCUCAUCGCGAUUUAGAUAUAUUAUUAACACACUAUGAGAAUUAUAAGGCAGCAGCAGCAGCAGCAGCAGCAGCAGCAGGAGAUACAGCAGCAGCAGCAGGAGCAGCAAAACCACCACCACCACCAUUCUAUUUAUACACCGGAAGAGGACCAUCUAGCGAAUCUCUACAUAUUGGACAUUUAGUACCAUUCUUAUUUGCUAAAUAUCUACAGGCAAUAGAUCAAGAUCCUUAUUUCCGUAUGACGCGUGACGUAGCAGAUUUAUAG